GCGGGAUUAGUAUUGCAUACUCUGUCGUUGACCGUCGUAUAUCGAGUUAUUCUGUCGAUUUACUAAACUAUUAUUAUAAGUGUGUGUUAACUGUAUAUUGUAUGGCACGUCAAUAAUGAAUUCAAAUAAUACAAUAAUAUGCGAAUGUGCAAUUGAAAAAUUGUUUUUAAAGCCUUUCGGUUCUCUAAAUUUUGAUGAGAAAAAAGUAUUAUUGAGAUUGGAAGACUCACGCCAAAAUUACCGUAUUUAACGACAAAAUAAACUUACAAUUUCAACGCAUACACUAAGCUGAAUCCCACGCUACGCCACUGAUAAAAAGCCAGAGCAAACCCUUCCUACGGGCUGUUCUUUUCGUGCUCCGUAUUAAGCUGUGCGAACGUCGUGAUCGUCAUUGUCGAAGUUUUUAUGUGUUCAUUUGUGAACUAAAAAUCUGACACAUGUGUUACUUUAUUUAUCAUUUUUACCAAUAUCAUCACUAAGGAUAUUAUAAGAACCAGAGAAUUAACCAGCUUUCUUUGUUACAUCAAGUCAACAUUUUUUUAUGAGGGCAUAGUAGUUCCUAAUAUGUAUUAUUUUACUAAUAAUGCGCUGACUGUGGAAUAUAAAUCAACUAACAUUCCAGUUUACUUCAAUCCAAUUGAUGAAGAUUGGAAAAGAGAAAAAUGCAGCAGUUUAGGAUUUACAUACAAAAAACCCAUUACGAAUCAAGAGUUUACACCGUUUAUGGUACCAGUUGAACGUGUUUAUACUACUCAUUUUCCCAUAAUAUUGUCUGAAUUAAUAUGCGGAGAUCGAAAAAUAAGAAAGCAAUUUGCGCGAAAUAUUAUAGAAAAUCUAGUAUCAAACGAAGAUAUUAAAAAACUUUUUCAAACUAAAGAUAUGUUUGAAAAGUACAUUGCGAAAACUACGAUACUUAAAGCUCCAAAUGAACCAAUUGAUGAAGCCGAAGAAUGUCCACUUUGCUAUGAAAACAGAAAUCCUACUUAUUAUUUUGACAAAUGUAGCCAUCGAGUAUGUGAUAUUUGUGCCGAUAAACUAAUAAUUAAAAAGAUUUAUAAAUGUCCGUUUUGUAGAAGAUUAAGAAAAAAAUUUUAUGAAAAUAAAGAAGUUGUGAAAAGUAAGUGGUACACUUUAGAAAUUCUCGCUGCUGCUUAUUACUUAAAGACAUGUAUUUAUGUAUAUGAUUAUUCAUUUAAUGUUUGGAUUUUACUUCGGAACUCGUAUACUACAUUUGAUUCUAAAAAUGAAAAAUGUAUUUAUUUAUAUUUAACCAAAAAUCGUAUGGGUGUCGUUACUAAUCUUACUUCACCUUGAAUAUUUUUUUAAUUAUGUAAAAUUUACAACUGAAUAAAUCUGCAA